GCCAGCCAUAUUAAAUGAUAUGAUCAAUUUUGCUAAAUGUAUCUAUCAUCAGCAGCAACAUCAAUCAUCUAAACCGCUAUUACCAUCAUCAUCGCCAACAAUUUCCAUAUUACCAACAGCAGCAGCAACAACAACAACAACAACAACAACAGCGACAACUAUACAUUCACCAACAGCUGAUUUAUUAUUGAUGAAAACUCCAUUAACAACAAACGAAAGUUCAAUGAACAAAGGACAGAAUAAUGGUUCCAUUUUCAAUGAUAUUCAUUCAUUAGCAUCGAGUAGUAAUAGCAGUAAUGAAGCAAUCAGAAUUGUACAAAAUGGUCUUCAAUCAAGAUCAUUGUUUGAUUUGAAUGGUAAAGAUGGUGUGCACAAUAAUAAUCAACAAUGUCAUCAUCAUCAUCAUCAUCAACAUCAUGAUCAUGGUUACAAAACGCAAACAAAACCACAUCCAUCCAAAGUGGUAUAUUUUUCCACUAAAGAUGUAACAUCAAAACGUGUAAAUGAUAAGAAACGUCAUCAUCAUCAUCAUCAUCAUCAUCAUCAUCAGCAUUCGAUCAAAACUACAACAACGGCAGCACAACAUGAUGAUGAUGAGAAUGAGGAAAAAUUUGUUUGGAAUAAUAAUAAUAAUAAUAACAAUAACAAUAAUGCUGACAAAGCAGCAGUCGAAUUCGGAACUGGAAUGAUGCAACAAUUCAUCAGAGGAAUUGAUUCAUCAUUAAUGAUGAAUCUUUUCAGCGAUAAUAAAUUAAAUUCAUUACAAGAAAUCAAUCUACGAUUAUUAAUAUUGACUAUUCAAUGGAUCAAAAAUAUGCCAUUAUUCAUAAGACUAGAUAUUAAUGAUCAGCGUUCAUUAUUCCGUGAUUCAUGGAAAGAAUUGUAUAUUAUUAAUCUGGCUCAUUGGACAAUGACAAUGAAUGCCGUAACCUCGGGCGAUCAUUUUGAACAGACCGUUCAAACAUAUCUGAAUUCAUUGAUUGAUCAUUUUGAUUUUAUCGAUCCAAUGGAUACGAAUCAUCAUAACAAUAAACAUGUCUAUGAUGUUGAUGAUGAUGAUGAUGAUGAUUUUAUUGAUGAUAAAUCACAAACAAUUGCCGAUCAUCAUCAAAAACAACAAACAUCAUCAAUACAAAUGUUAAUGAAACAUAAAAUUAGCUCAAAAUUGAAUAUAAAGUUAGAUAUAGAGAAUAUUAAACAAGUGAUUGAUCAAUUCAAACAACUACAAUUAGAUGGUACUGAAUGUGGUUGUCUAAAAUCGAUUGCCCUAUUCAAUCCAGAAUGUCGACAUUUGAUUAAUAAACAAGAUUUAUUAAAACUUCAAGAACAAGCUCAAUGUUUGCUUAUUAAUUAUACGAAUAGAAAAUUUAAAUUACAAAAUCAUAAUGGAUCGAUGGCCAUAGAUGGCACUAGUGGACAUAAAGAAUUUGGAAAUCGUUUCGAACAAAUAUUGAUGAUGUUACCAUUAUUGAAACGAAUUUCAAUUGAAUCAAUUGAAGAUAUAUUCUUUCAUAAUUUAAAAGGACCAUUAUCAAUUCAAGUGCUAAUCGAAUGCAUCUAUAAUCAAUAAUUUUCAAAAAAAAAAACAAAACCACUCAUCCACACACAAACACACAUACAUAC